UCAAUGUAAGAAACUACGCGCACAUGUAAACGACGCCUGCGCAAGACGGUGCGCAACAAUCUGCAGUCUGUGCCAUAAUCAAAUUUUGUAAAAGAUUUUAUUUUAAAAAACGCCAUUUUGUUUUUGCGAAAUGUAUCGACUGCUAGUGUUUGUGUGUUGUGUUUUUUUUAUAGACGCAGCUCGGCACUUCAGGAGUGACUACACGUACUACAAUGAGGUGGACGGAUGGAUGAAACUUCACCAGAUGCCGACGACAUGGGAUGACGCGCGACAGCGGUGCACUCUCGAAGGCAGUGUUCUGGCAUCCCCCGUGAACAAUGAACUCCUGCAGGCAAUGAAGAUAGUGAUCGGCCUGAGCAGGGCGAAGCGCGGCGUGUUCACUGGAGUCAGCGACAUCUUCUCUAAAGGAGACUUCUUCUCCGUUGAGGGUGUGCCAAUCGACAAAAUCACAGCCUCUUGGGCCCCCAACGAGCCUGAUAACACCAAUGAUGAGGAGCAUUGCAUCGCCAUGCUGCCCAACGGGACCAUAGCUGACGUCAACUGCAACGAGCCCUACCCAUACAUCUGCUUCAAGAAGAAUACACCGAAUAUGCCAACGCCAUACCAUUGUGGAACUGUUGAUCCUGCUUACAAGUUGGACGAACGCACUCACAGCUGCUACAAGUUCCACAACAUCGGCCGCCCCUGGUCGGGCGCCUUCAAGACCUGCGUCGCAGAAGGAGGGUAUCUGGCCAUCAUCAACAGCGAGACAGAAGCUCAAAUCCUCAGGGAGUUAUUCGCCCAAUACCCUGGCCAUGUCGUACGCGCCAAACACAAGGAUAUUGCUGCUAUUGGCUUUAACAAGUGGAACGACAUUCAUUCGCACUCCUGGCUGACUAUUCAUGGACAAUCGUUGGAUGAAGCUGGUUACAACAUCUGGGAACCAAAUCAGCCCGACAACGCCACUGCAGGAGAAUACUGUGGAAGCGUAUUCCGAUCAGCUAAACUGAAUGAUAUCUGGUGCAAAGACCCUGUACCGUUCUUCUGUGAGAAGCUACCUGGCAGUUUAAAUGAGGAACAGGAACAAGGCAGCAACUGAUCCAAAGAAUAAUAGGAAUGAUGGACAGAAUACAGGGCGUGACACCGUAACGAAAACAAAAUAGAACUUAAAUAGAAAAUAAAUGAUUUGACAUUGAUGGCUGAUGAUUGAUUGAUGUUUGAUUGAGGCCUGUGCUCAGCAGUGGGACGUGUACAGGUUGCUUAUGAUGAUGAUGAUGACAAUGGUCACAAUUUUUAUUUUAAAUUUGGUUUUAAGCAGCUUAAAGCACAAUAUGCGACUGAAAAUAAAAUUUUCAUGAAUUUUACAAAAUUCCACUUGAUCUCCACUCAGAAUCAUGGUCUUAAUUAUCGCUCAAAGUUUUCAUUACGGUGUCACUAGCACCCCAUAUUUAUACUUGCAAUCUCCUAAGAUUUUUUGUUUGUAAUCGCAUUUAUAUACAUUAACAGUAAGCAAUAAACGUUAAUUUAAUAAAAAAAAA